AUGCAGUGUCCUUUGCUUCGCUUGUUGGCACUCGCGCCAUUCCUUCGUUACCUUGAGCUGGUAGCUGCGGCCAGGCCGCCAGCGCCAUACGUGAUGACUUGGUCGGACAAAAGCUACGGCCCCGAUGGACCGUGGCAGGCCGUCUCCGUUGGCAUAGGCAGCGCCAGCCAAAAGAUUGCCUUAUACCCAGGAGGAACGUGGGAGAGCCGAAUCCUCGUCAAGUCCCUUUGCGCCAACACUAGCCUUUCGUCUGUCUGCUACGCCGACGACGCCGGGCUUUUCAACACCGAAGAAUCCAAUACCUGGGACAAUACCUCCAUCAACAUCCCGCCAAAGGCAGACACAUGGAGUGACUUCGAACUGGGGGCUGCAGAUGCUGUGCCAGUGAAGGCCAGGGUAGAGCGCGCAAUGGAUACAAUAGACCUUGGCGGGGACUCGGUUUAUGAUGUGGAUCUCCUUGCGGUGUCGCAGGCAUAUCAGACAUAUCCCGGUGGGCAGAAUUACCCAUUGGAAGUCGGGGUCCUGUCGCUUGGUUGUCCGGAGUUCAAUCAAACGUUCACCCGAGGCGAUGGGGUCAGUAUCAAUGCAACAUUCAUCAACAGUCACGUGUUUACCGCAAAGAUGGCUUCGUCGUAUUCUUUCGGCAUGCAUAUUGGCUCUGCACCAUUGCGAAUCCCGGGCUCAUUGAUGCUCGGAGGCUAUGAUGGCAAUCGAAUUGUCGGGGAAACGUCCGCGCAGCCAUACUCCGGGGGCAAGUUCCCUAUCAAGCUCCUCGAUGUUGGAAUUGGCGUGGCCAGCGGUGGCUCACCAUGGAACUAUUUCAAUAAAACAGGCCUUCUGGAGAAGGGCAACUCUUCCUUACAUCAGGGAAUUACGGUGAUGGCUAGUCCUGGGGAUCCCUAUCUCUAUCUCCCUAAGAGCUCUUGCGAUGCGAUUACCUCGGAGCUUCCAACUACAUACGACUCGGACCUUGGAUUAUACCUCUGGAAUACCUCGGACCCUCGUUACGAACAAAUAAUCAAGUCACCCUCCUAUCUGAGCUUCGAAUUCAACAAAAAUAGCCUGAACAGUGCCAAUAUUACAAUCAAAGUCCCAUUCGCGCUCCUAAAUCUGACAUUGGAAGCACCGCUUGUCAAAAACCCAACGCUUUAUUUCCCCUGUAUGGGGACUGACGGCACACCGGCGCUAGGCCGCGCGUUUCUUCAGGCUGCUUUCAUGGCUGCGAACUGGAGUUGGGGUGGUCGCAUUGGGAAUUGGAUCCUCGCACAGGCACCGGGCCCGAAUUACUUCACGACCAACAAAUUAACGAAUAUUAUGGAAAAGGAUAUGACGAUUCCUGGGACAACCAAUAACUGGGAAGAAACCUGGGCUAACUACUGGACUCCGAUCCCCAUAACCUCGAGCUCUGCUACCCCCGUUCCAACGCCAUCGUCGAAAAGUGACGAUAGCAACGACAAUGGUAUUUCCACCGGGGCUGUAGUCGGGAUUGCGGUUGGUUGCGCGGCAGCCGGCGUGCUGCUGGGUGUACUGGCAUGGGUCUUCAUCACGAGGCGACGGCGGCGCAAUGCGUUGGAGCAAGGCCAAAUGGCACACGUCUAUCCAGGAAUCCGUGUCAAACAUGCUGAAGGAGUGUACGAGCUAAACGGACGCCGCGGCCCCUACGAACUAGCUAUUCGCCAUCCACCCUACGAGCUAGCAGGGCCUGAUCAUUGA